AUGCUCUUUUUCCUUCUUUCUAACCGAUAUUUUCAAUUUUCGUACGGUUUUGCAGUUGCAGGUUUUGUAGAUGUAGAAUCCGCCACUUACUUCCAACUUGAAAACCGGUGCAACUAUACAUUGUGGCCCGGAACUCUUUCCGGCAACGGUGUUGCAAUUCUCGGCGACGGCGGAUUCUCCUUGGCACCGGGAUUAUCUGUUUCUCUCGUCGCUCCACCCGGUUGGUCCGGGCGCUUCUGGGCUCGAACCGGCUGCCACUUCGAUGGCGCCGGUCAAGGAAGAUGCCUUACCGGAGACUGCGGUGGACUGCAAUGCCGCUUCGGAGGUGCUGCCCCGGUGACGUUGGCGGAGUUCACCCUCGCAACGUCCAGCAGCGACAAGGAUUUCUACGACGUGAGCUUGGUGGACGGUUACAAUGUGGAGGUGGGCGUGCGGGCAAUCAGAGGAACCGGUGAUUGCCAGUAUGCGGGGUGCGUCGCGGACCUGAGCAGCCUGUGUCCGGAAGAGUUGCAGGUGAAGGACGGGAAUUCGGUGGUGGCGUGUAAGAGCGCCUGCGCGGCGUUUAACACGGCGGAGUUCUGCUGUAUCGGCGACCAUUCAACACCUGAGACUUGUGGGCCGACGCAAUACUCUCAGCUGUUCAAGAAGGCUUGCCCAACGGCCUACAGUUACGCAUACGACGACCCAUCGAGCACUUGCACGUGCUCCGGCGCCGAUUAUGUCAUCACAUUUUGCCCAUCCGGAUCCUCCUAG